AUGGUUCAUAAUACAAUUUAUCAAAACCCUAAAGACAUUUAUCAAAAUGUCAGUGAUAAUAAUUACGCUCAUCAAAACAUGAUUCAUAAUUAUCUUAUUCACCAAAACUCUAGAGAAAUUUAUCAAAACAUUGGUAAUAAUAAUUACGUUCACCAAAACAUGGUUCAUAAUACAAUUUAUCAAAACCCUGAAGACAUUUAUCGAAAUGUCGGUGGCAAUAAUUAUGCUUAUCAACAAAACAUGAUUCAUAAUUAUUCUGUUCAUCAAAACCAUGGAGAAAUUUAUCAUAAUAAUAAUUACGUUCGCCAAAAUAUGGUUCAUAAUACAGAAGACAUUUAUCAAAAUGUUGGCGAUAAUAAUUACGCUCAUCAAAACAUGAUUCGUAAUUAUUUCAUCCAUCAAGGCCCUGAAGAAAUUUAUCAAAAUGUCAGUGAUAAUAAUUACGCUCAUCAAAACAUGAUUCAUAAUUAUCUCAUCCAUCAGGGCCCUGGAGAAAUUUAUCAAAGCAUCGGUAAUAAUAAUUGCGUUCACCAAAACAUGGUUCAUCAAAAUCAUAAACAUGAGGACGUUUAUCAAAAUGCUGUUACCGAAAAUAAUGUGUGGCAAAGAUGA